AAGCUAUCUAUCUGGUCAAAAACAUUGAGACAAGCUAUUUUUUUCAACAGAUGAAUGUGAUCGCGUGGUUAAAAAAGUAGCGCAGCAUCGUUUUCUUGCGCUUGAAAAAUGGAUUUUUUAAUUGGUGGCAUUGCCGCUGUCGGUGCGGGUGUUUUUACCAAUCCCUUGGAGGUGGUGAAAACCAGGAUGCAGUUGCAAGGGGAGCUUGCAGCGCGAGGUCAAUACACAGUGCACUAUAAAAACAUUUUCUCCGCAACUUACAUGAUUGCGAAACACGAUGGGAUUCUUGCUCUGCAAGCUGGUCUGGCUCCCGCUUUAUGGUUUCAACUGGUGCUGAACGGAACACGUUUGGGGGCCUAUCAACUUUUAUGUGACAGGGGUUACACCACGAAUAAGGAGGGAAAGAUUGUAUUUUACAAGUCGGUUAUUGUCGGUGGAUUGUGCGGCGUGCUUGGCGGUUAUACCGGCAGUCCUCUCUAUUUAGUCAAAACACACUUACAAGGUCAGGCCGCAAAGGAAAUCGCAUUUGGACACCAACACAACCAUGAAGGCACCAUGAAAGCAUUAAGAAAUAUCUUCAAAACUCAGGGUAUCAAAGGUUUGUUUAGAGGUAGUUUUGCCUCUAUACCAAGAAGCUUUAUUGGCUCCACGUCACAACUGACGUCAUUUGAUUUUUGUAAACAAUGGCUACUAAACUAUCCCUCAUUUCAAGACGCCCCUUUGACAACGGCGUUUACAGCCAGUAUGAUUAGCGGGAUAUCACUUAGUAUAGGUAUGACACCAUUUGACUUGAUCGCCACCAGAUUAUACAAUCAAGGGGUUGAUGCAAAUGGCAAGGGGCUAUUGUACAACAGCUACCUGGACUGUGUUGGCAAAAUUUGGAAGAGCGAGGGAUUUUUAGGAUUCUAUAAAGGUAUCGGACCAAGUUAUGUUAGAUUGGGACCACAUACCGUGCUGUGUCUAGUUUUCUGGGAUAAACUUAAAGAUGUAUAUAAAAAGUUUUCUGAUGAUUAGUA